GCUCGGAGCGGCUCCUCCCUCUCGCUAUUUAUUCCUGCGCGGAGCUCCGCGGCUGAAUCAGCUCGGGGCGGGCGGGCAGCGCCGUUUGCAGCCGCCAUGGCCCGGCUCCUCGGCACCUCCUGCCUGCUGCUGCUGCUGCUCCUGGGGCUCUGCGCCGACGUCGCCUCCUCCAAGAAGGGCAAAGGCAAACCCGGCUGGGGCGGGGGCGGCCGCCAGUCCGGCUACCCCCGCCAGCCCGGCUACCCCCAAAACCCGGGCUACCCCCACAACCCCGGCUACCCCCACAACCCGGGCUACCCCCACAACCCCGGCUACCCCCACAACCCCGGCUACCCGGGCUGGGGCCAAGGCUACAACCCGUCCAGCGGAGGGACUUACCACCAGAAGCCCUGGAAGGCGCCCAAGCCCAAGACCAACUUCAAGCACGUGGCGGGCGCGGCGGCGGCGGGCGCCGUGGUGGGGGGCCUGGGGGGCUACGCCAUGGGCAGGGUGAUGUCGGGCAUGCACUACCGCUUCGACAGCCCCGACGAGUACCGCUGGUGGAACGAGAACGCCGCGCGCUACCCCAACCAGGUCUACUACCGCGACUACCGCGACCAGCGCGGCCCCGUGCCGCAGGACGUCUUCGUGGCCGACUGCUUCAACAUCACCGUCACCGAGCACAACAUCGGCCCGGCCGCCAGGAAGGGCAACGCCUCGGACGCCCUCAACCAGACGGAGGCGGAGCUGGAGACGCGCGUGGUGACCAAGGUGAUCCGCGAGAUGUGCAUCCAGCAGUACCAGGAGUACCGGCUGGCCUCGGGCGCGUGGCAGCGCCUGGCCGACUCCCCGCUGGCCACCCUGCUGCUCCUCGUCCUCGUCGUCCUGCACUAGGGCGGCCCGUGCGGCCCGGGUGUCCCCCGCGGGGUCCCCACGCCCGCCCCGGUCCCGCUCGGUUUUGGUGAGGAGCCCCCCGGCGUGAUCGCGGCGCCUCGGGGUUCAGGCGGUGGGAUGAAAAUGUCGUUUUCUGCCCCAAAAAUGGCUCCGGGAUGGUGCUGGAGCGCAGAACCGCGGCCUUCGCCUCCUCAUCCUCCUCCUCGGGGUCGCCCCGAGAGGGACCGGGCGGAGGGGAGCUCCCCUUGGCGUCCCUGCAGGAGCUUUUCCAAAAAUCCUCUUCGUUAACAGGCAGGGAUUUGUCUCACCCCCCGUCACCCCCAUUCCCUGGGGUACCCCUGGGGUUCUCAAGCUGCCAAGUUGCAAUUUGAACCCUUCCACC